AUGAACGAUUCAAAGAGUUUAUUCUAAAAAUUAGAAGGAACAUUAACGUAAAAAUUAUGUGCCAAAGAAUUAUUGAAAGAAUAAGUCACAAUCUAUGUCUAAAAAGCUAAGUAAUUUGUAUAAAGAGAGAUUGUUAUAUCUUACAACUCCCUUAUUAUAGAAAAUUAAUUUGUUGAGUUGAGUAAAUGCCAAUUUGAAGUGAGAGUUAACAAACCUAAAAAUAAUGAAGGAAUCAAUAUCAUUAUUAUUAAGAAUACUGCUGGUAAAGAAUUUUUAAUCACUUCAAAUUCUCAAUAGUGUCUUAGAAUAAAGAUCUACAUGAAAAAAUUUUGUAUAAACAAAAAUUAUAGUGGAAAAUAUCGAUUGAUAGAACAGAAAAACUGUCUCCCUCUUUCCUAAUCAUACAAAGUAUAAAUAUAUACAUAAAAUUAGAAAAAUAAUCAAUAUUUCUCUACAAUAAAAUUUGAAAAGAAAUAAUUGGAAGAAAAUUAAGAACUUUAAAUGUUCCACAAUUAAAUAACAUUGAUGCAUGCUUUUUAAUCAAUGCCGAAUGUCAUUAGGGUUUGUGAAGAUGCUUAAAGUUAUUAUAUUCUUGGAGAAAACAUGAAGUUGUAAUCAUUAGAAUCAUUGUUAUUGAGUGGAUUUGAAUUUAAAGAAGUACCAUUUGUAUCUAUUAUCUUCAUGAUUCUGUAAACCAUACAAAAGUAUCAGGCUAAAACUAUAUAUCAUGGGAACAUUAAUCUUUAGAAUAUCUAUGUAAAUGUUAAUAGUUAAACUCUUUAAAUCACUGCACUUAAUCCGAAAUAUAAGGAGAAUAGUGUUUAAAAUAUAGAGAAAGAUAUUUAAAGUGUAGGAAAACUACUCUACUAAAUUACAUUUUACAAUUAAAAAGCUGAAGUUCCCUAAGAAAUAAAUUUAAAACUAAUUUAAUCUUUAAUGGAGCAAUGGUCAGAACCAUAUUCGAAAAGAACUCAAUAUAGAUUUCUAUAUAGAGUGAGUUAACUUAAUUUAUUAAAUCAAUUACUUUCUCCUGGGAUGACAGUAGAGAAAGCAUUGAUUCAUUAAUGGUUUGUAAACAUUAGAUAGAAUCUUAAAAUAGAAUCUAAAUAAUUAAUGUCUAAAGCACUACUUACAACGAUUAUGGAAGAAUAGGAAUUUCAUCUGACAUCUUCCUAAAUUCUUGAUAAACAUGUUACAAUUACUCAAUAAAGCGUUUAAGAGAAUGGUAUUUGAUAGUUUUAUUAUUAUAAAUAGAACCAGAGGAAGAACUUUAUCCAAUUCGAUGUUAAUUGAUUAAUACAAUUGUAAUGAUACCAUCAAAAAAAAAGCAUGAUGAUGCUAAAAUAUAUUUGUAUAGAUCGAAAACAUUUACAAGUUCAAUGAUGAAAAGAGACUCGUUAGUUGAAAUGACAAAAUAAUCGACAGUAAAAUGA